GACGACUGUUGUACAGCGUACCAGUCAGCGCCAUGUAUUUUCUUUCCUGUCCUAAGCCUAUACAAAUUCAGCUGUCAGCAGACUUUGGUGAAAAUAGUCUGAUUGUUUCCCCUGCCUAAGGUAUGAGACAUGGCCGCAGUCGAGCAGCUGUCGGACGCCCAGCAAUCGUUCCUUCGGUUCUGUAGCGUAUUGCAGGAGCUCAUCCUCAACCAUCAAGUCGCGCACUCGGUGGUCCAGGAGUUGCACGCUGACCUUCCAACCUUGCAACCACAGGGCGGGUCCAUGGCAAGCGCCAUCACAGGACCCAGCAGCAACCGCAGCGGCGGCACGGGCCGAGGCAGCGGUCUCCAAGCGACAUGCGAUGCCCUUCAUAACCUGGCGCCACGCCUAACCCCAACACCAGCAGCAGCAUCAACCAACGCACGCACUGCCAGCGCUGUCAACUACAAUAACAGCAGUAGCAGCUACAGCGCUGGAGGGGCCUUGAGCAGCAGCAGCCUCACCGCUCCCUCUCGUCUGGUAGCAUGCGAGACGCAGGAUAACUACAUCGUCCUCCAAAACGCGGCUCGCAAGUCCCAACAGCUGCUGCAACGGCUGCAGGAGCUGCGGCAGGGAGCAGUGGCGGCAGUGGCAGCCCAGCGGGAGGGCAGUAACGGGGAGUUGGGACGGUUAGCGGAGAAGAGCGCUAAAUACGGGAUAGUCCAAUAUGAGGGUGACUAUGGCAGUGGUGUAAUCGGCAGCGUCGAGGAGGACGUGGACGUGGAUAUCGUGCUGUUCCCCAGUGUAGCAGCCGCUGCUGCUGCUGAUACCCUUGCUACUACUGCUGCUACUGAAAGCGGCACCGGCACAUCCGCACAUGCUGCUGUCGCAGCAGCAGACGGAGGCGGCUCCGACGCUGAAGGAGGCCCCGUCCCCACCUCACCGCGUUCCUGCUUCGCCGCUGGCGACGGUGCCGCCACGGGCUCUACUGCCACCACUGCCGGCACACCGCCUGCCCCUGCUGCUGCCACCUCCACAGCGGCCCCAGGCGGCGGGGGAAGCAGCAGCGGGGUUGGAGGUGCGGCCAAAGCGGCAGCAACCGCCUCCUCAUGGUCAGGCCAGCCGCAGGUGGCGGCAGGAGCAGCAGCAGCAGCCGUGGGAGCACCCGUCCCGGUGUUCGGCGCAGGGGGGUCGUCGCUGGGGUCGCUAUCCGGCAGCGAGCUUGCGAUCCUGAUGGGGGAGCUGUGUCGGGAGGUGGACAUGGAGGUGGAGCUGCUGGUCCGUGUAGCUGGGUCCGUGGCUCUUGCAACCAGCGCGGAUGACCUGUACGUGUACGGCAGUAUGCUGAAGCUGCAGCCGUACAUGGACGAGCGGGUGCUGUCGGCAGCCUGGGCGCAACGCGACGUGUUGGCGCCGCCUGCGCAGCAGCAGCAGCAGGGGAAGGCGGGCCGCAGCGCUCGAUGAGAUGUAGGAGGUGAGGUAGCAAGGCCACAGCGGUCGUGACGUGUGAGUUGGUGUGAAGGACGUGGGAUGCAUGGACAAUGGGAGCUGUCGGGAGGAGGAACGUCAGGAUUGAGGUGUGUGUUUGCAAAUUUGACCGCUCCUGAGUGUAGCAUGAGCGGGGCUGGUGUGCGGCUGGAAGCGACGUGGUGACUUUAUGCGGAGUGAAGGUUGCUGCCAGGGAAGGUUGGCAUGGCGGGGAUGACAUGGAAGCCGUACAUGAACGGGAGUGUGCCCUCGUAUGGCCAUCAGGUGGGUUACUAUACGCUUUGGACGGCAUCCCUGCCGUACAUCCUCCUGAAGCGAUCUACGAGGGACACCGUUUCGUGAAUCACAACACCUUCCUACCCUGCGCUGCUGCUUUCUUAUAUCCGUGCUCCAACAGGGAGGCACCAUGCAUGCCAACCUAGAGCCCCAGUCAAGGAUGUAUAGGUUCUACCCCCCUUCGCCUGCAUCAUUCAUGAUUCACUUGCCCUUUCAGUCAUCCAUUAGCUGCGAGUGUGGACUGGCGCUGCUGCCCCGCACCUACUGACCCAUGGGUCACCCGCUUGAGCUUUUCCGCCCACUAGCGGUCACGUUGUCAUCAAUGCACUCUUUGACCCGCAAACUCCAUCAUUUGUGGGACAAACUCCAUUCACGCAGUUGCCGACGUGGUUGGCACGCGCGGUUUGCUAGAGUGGCUCGUGUGGGAGGUGUGCGAAGGGCGUGGAAACGGAUGAGAGAUUGCAGGGCUGAACUGGGGACAUGCGCGUUAGUGUCACAUGGGUGUGCUCGCCAGAUUGCAAAGCGACG